ACGAUAUAAAACCCCACUAACCCACUAAUGUUCACGUCCAACUAAGACGAACUUCUGCAUGUUCUCUGGUGAAACACUGCCAAUUCUGCAACUGGGUCUUCCCUUUCCAUCUUUCUUGUUCUGAGAUCAGCGAUCCACAAUCAGACGGCUGAUAGCUUUCCAUUUCUUUGAUAAUGGCGAUAUGGGUUUGCUCAAAGAAAGUGUUUCUUUUGGAAAGAAAAGGUUACAUGAGAGAAAGAGAAGCAUAGGAUAGGAGGAGGGAACUGUUUGUAACGGUAAUCAGCCACAUACCAGCAUCAACUGCUCAAAUUCAAAUCUUGUGCACAUUAAAGUAGUGAAUAAAAUUCUGCAAUUCAAGCCAAUUCCCGGGCCAAAGUAUCAGAUUCGACUACUCAAUUCCCACCAUUCUAUUUUAUUUCUCUAUAGAUCAAAAAGAGGCUCCACCAACAAAAUUUGUGACACUUCUAUGAUUAUCUUCUCAGAGUAGAGAGUUCAGCAAGUAGGCCUCCACUGACAAUAAUUAAGCCUCAAAUGGAAUCUUCAUCGAAUUAUGAUGAUAGUUCUGAUCUGGGUUAUCAUCCUUCACCUUCUUCUCUGGAUCAAACUGAAACUUCAGGGUUCUCAACAACCAGUGGCGAUUCUUUCUUCUUUCGCCGGAUUUAUUCAGUGACCUCGGCCGUCUCUGACCCUAUAGACGAUAGCAGCUAUUCAAGUGAACCUUCUCCUUGUCACUGGCCGGCAAACAAAUCCUCACCACAUAAUCAGCCUGUGCUUGGAAGGCUAGGUAUGAAGCAACGAAAGCAAAUUAUCGAUGAUCAUGAAUCAGUAGAUCCAGAACUAGAGAUGAUGAAAGAAAGAUUCGCAAAACUUUUGCUUGGUGAAGACAUGUCAGGAAGUGGCAAAGGCGUCUGCACGGCAGUCACAAUCUCAAAUUCCAUGACCAAUCUCUAUGCAACUGUGUUUGGACAGAAUUUGAGGUUAGAGCCACUGAAUCCUGAGAAAAAGGCCAUGUGGAAGAGAGAAAUGGACUGUCUUCUUUCUGUUUGUGAUUACAUUGUAGAAUUUAUCCCCAAGUCGCAGAAUCUAAAAGAUGGAACAGCUCUGGAGGUCAUGGAGAGCAGACCACGAUCAGACAUUUACAUCAACCUUCCCGCAUUAAGAAAGCUCGACUCAAUGCUCAUUGAAAUAUUGGAUGGUUUCCAAGAUACAGAAUUCUGGUAUGCAGAACAGGGAAGCAUGUCAUCAAAUUCAACUCUUUCAGGUUCAUUUCGCAGAGUUAUUGUUCAGCGGAAAGAGGAGAAGUGGUGGGUGCCAGUUCCAUGUGUUCCUCCUAGAGGUAUCUCUGAGAAGUCAAGGAAGCACUUGAGACACAAACGUGACUGUGCAUAUCAAAUUCACAAAGCGGCCAUGGCCAUUAAUAGUAGUAUUCUUGCUGAGAUGGAUAUUCCAGACACAUAUAUGGCAUCUCUUCCGAAGAGCGGAAGAGCGAGUCUCGGGGACAUAAUUUACCGAUACAUGUGUACAACAGACAAAUUUUCCCCUGACCAUAUUCUUGACUGUCUCAAUAUAGCAUCAGAGCAUGAAGCACUUGAGCUUGCAGACCGAGUAGAAGCUUCAAUGUACACAUGGAGACGUAAAGCCUGCCUAAAUCACUCAAAAUCAUCUUGGGAGAUCGUGAAGGACCUAAUGUCUGACAUUAAUCAGACUGACAAAAAUCAUGUUUUAGCAGAAAGAGCAGACAGCUUGCUCUUCUGCUUGAAGCAGAGAUAUCCUGAACUUUCACAGACAUCCUUGGACACAUGCAAGAUACAGUACAAUCGGGAUGUGGGACAAGCAAUCUUAGAGAGCUACUCAAGAGUUUUAGAAGGCCUAGCAUUCAACAUGGUUGCUUGGAUUGAAGAUGUUCUUUUUGUAGAUAAAUCAGUAAGAAACCAAGGCCAAUAGAAACCUCAAAAAUGAGUUCAAACAUCAACAAGGGGUAUCUUAGUCCAGGAGUUCUCCUCCUACCACCAAUGAACAACUUUUGUAGAAUGCAAGUUUUAUGAGGAAAAAAAACAGGUAGAUGAAUCUGGGAAAUUUUAUUUACUAGCUUCUAAAGUUAAAUCAGUAUUUGUUAUAUCUGUACGAACUAAAUUAUUAGUUCAAUCAACUGAUUUUAAGUAAGAUCUGUACAUUUUCCCCCAAGUGAAACAACCUAAAGCUUCCAAAACCAGAAAAGUUGUCCUCAACUGAGUUGAAAUCAAAUCCAGAAAGGAUCUGAGAACAAACAUAUUAAUGAAAA